AUGCUACAUAAUUUGGAUCUUCAACUGUUGAUCAUCGUGAUUAUUUUGAUCUUUUUCUGCAUCGUUUGCUGCCUUGUACUAUGUGAAUUAUAUUACAAAAGGCGAAGAAUGAAGUGGCGUGCAGCAGCAGUUUCCAGUUCUGAGAUAUUUGUAACCUCUGGGCAACAACAAAAAACAAGGAGUGCCACUCGUCUGCUUGGCGUUCAAAACUCUGGAAAUUCUGCCUUAAGUGCUGGUGUCUCUUCAUCAUUAACCAAGUUGGGAGUAUUCUGGCCUAGAAAAAACAAUUUAUCCGCUGUUGAAAAUGAAGAAGAAAGUUUAACACGGUUAUAAACAUUAAUUAUAUUAUUUGUGUGUUUAUUUUAUCUUUUGUUUCUUUCAUUUUUGUUAUAAUUUAUACAUAUUUAACGUUCGAUCCCCGUUCCUCGGGGCAGGGAAUUACCCACAUUUUGACCAUAAUUUUCUUCGUAACCCACAAAAUUUUCGCCGGCGGCGUUAAUAAGAG